AUGUCCGACGACCAAUUAAAGCAGGUGAGAUCAGCUGUAAACCAUGUCAUAUCCAAUUAUCAGCUCACUUCCAAAAGUAAACUGUUUCAACGGCUCUCAAGCAAGAAUGUGGAUCUGAUAAGCAAGGGCGUCAUGGAGAAUAAGCAAGACAAGCACCUCAUGGAGCUCAUCAAGAAAAGAGAUUAUUACACCAGAAAAAUACACGAGCUUCUCAACGAUUCAGGUGAGGAGAAAAAUCCACGCCUUAUAGUAGACGAGGCGGAGGCUGGGCACUACAUUCGGAAGAGGCUACUAAAAGAUGUCACGAGGAGUGAGCAAAUCAAGAGUUUGAUCCGCAAACAUAGACAAUUCCAAGUGUCAGCCACAGAAGAGCAAGACAAAAUCAUUCAAAAAUACCGCGUAAGAAAACCGCUUGCAGGUGGUUUGAAGAAAAUCGGCUCUAUGAACGCUGCUAUUGAUGCAAAGCUCAAUGCAGAGAGAGAAGCAGAAUUGCAGAGAUUUUAUACCAACUUGAUGCAGAAACAAAGCGAGUAUUGUCUCGAAAGCGAGCGAUUGUUGAGGAAUCUAGAUGUUCCGUUCUUCAAUCUGCUACUGGACGAUCAUUCGGUGACGAAAAGUCAAAAAGUCUUCGUGUUGGACUUGCUUUAUAAAGUUCUUGCGGAAAAACUCUAG